CGCCGGCCGGCAGUCCCGCGCCCGCCCGCCUAACUUGUGCGCGUGCGCUUGGGCGGAUAAAAACACGAAAUAAAUCACUCGCAUAUUUUAUAUAUAUUUUUUAAUUUAUCAUGUAAAAUAGUGCAGUGCCAAAACAAGCUUUAAAUAUUUAACUAGUGUCUAAGUUUUAACUGUGUUUAAGAAAGUGUGCAUGUUUAAACAAGUGCGAAUGUAUAUUAUAUAUAUCAUUCAAAGUAAUGCAUAGAUAUGCAUACUAUAUAAGAUUUUCUAUGAGAUUUUUAUAGUGAAGCUCACCAAAUUGUAACUCAGGUUUGUUUAUACAAAGUUUUGUACUAUUUUUCACUAAAUACCUAUAAUGAUUGUGGUGAUAGAUAUAUAAUAAUGCAUUCCGCUAAAAUUCGUCCCGUUGACUCGGCUACAUGCGUUGCACGUGCGUUUAUUUUCAUGUAUAAAUAGCCAGAACACAAAUCACUCCCAGCUGCACGAUGACGUCACAGAGAGAAAGCGAUGACGUCACGGACGGUAAGGUCGAUGACCCCAAAGACCUAUCAGAACUACCGCCAAUAGGACUACACAAAAGAAGAAGAGGUGAACCACCAGCAACUCUGUCAGUGAAAUCGCCGCAAACACCAUCAGAAACUGAAGGGUCUUCCCCAUGCACGGCUGGCCCUUAUGACUACAGAAUGUUCCCUGAUGAUGACCCUAAGGUGCUAUGUGAUAAUAUAUUACAAAGACUAAAAGACCGUAAUGAUUUACCAUCAGAACGCGGCAAAGAAAUUGCAUCCAAAACCAAAGAUACACUGGAAGCUUUGGAACUUCUUGAAACACUUCUUAAAAGGCUAGAUCAGUUCACAACUUUGAAAGAAUAUAAUGCCAAUCUUCUAAAAAGGCUUAGAGAUGUAAACCAGUUGAAACGUCUGCAUCUUGCGCGCAAGAAAGUAAAUGAAGAAAACCAAAGAUUAAGAAAUGAAGGAAGAGACUUGGAGUUGAUUAAUGAAACGUUAGAUACAGAGUUCGAAAGCGAAUAUGGUCAGGUGUUGUAUGAGUCUAUGUUGAGUAGCGGGAGGAGCAUGAAGAGGACAGGAUCAAAGUGGAAAGGUCACGCGAGGUUCGGGAGUACGCUGCUGAGGAAGCAAAGGUCAAGGUCAGCUGGGGGGGAGGAUAGUGACGUGGCUCCCGGAACUCCUUUGAGGAGGAGGUCUGAAGGGCUGUUUUCCAAGGAGGUGGAAAAAUCUAAGGUCUCCAAGUGGACUAGAGUUAAAGCUGCUUUCAGAUGGGAGAAAGCCCAAUGGCCUACGUCAGCAAUGGCGGGAGCAGCUGGCGCCGUGGUAGCUGGAGCGACAAUGGUCGGUGCAGUAGCAUUAGCUGGCACUUCACCACCAGGAUCUGCUUCGACAUCAGCCACUUUAUCUACAACUAUAACCACUUCAGCACCAAGUACCUCGUUAUCAGCUUCAAGGAUGUCACCAUCGGCAUCUGGAACCUCUCCAUCAUCAUUGCCGCACCCUGAGCCAAGGGACUCAGCCAGCCUAACACCAGGCAGCGUCGCAUCGUUGACCCCUAACUCUUCGUGCGAAGAAUUGAGGAUGGAACAUAUGUGCCGAAAAGAAGCAACUCUACUACGAUAUGAUGAGAAUGACAACACAUUUUUACACGCUCCUCCUCAGGAUGACAGUUCCACAUCUCCAUCUCCCAACAAACUGCACAAAAGCCGCUGGGGCAAGAUGCGCGACAUGCUGCAACCCCACCGAGAGUCAGUCAAAAAGAGAGGCUCGAAGAGCUCUCCAGAUGUUGUACCCACCAGGAGACGCUCUCUAAGUGACGGAGGAGAUAGUGACGCGCCACCAGCCUUGACGCUUACUAUACCAUCGUCUGAGGAACUUGAAUCAGACCCUCAUCCGAUGCUGCGCAAGCAACGUUCCCUGGAGCUGGGGUCACGGCCUCCCCAGCACCGACCUCCUCGGGCCUCCAAGUGGACCAAAGUGAAGAGGGCCUUCCUCACUUCAGCGUCCGCCUCCGUGCCGUCCAGUCCUAGCAGGCAUUCUGCUUUCUUUACUGACGCUGAGGGCCUGAGUAGCGGAUGCGAAGCUACAGGCAUGAGGGAAGAGAUUGCUCGGGACUACGCAGCGUUGCAGUCGAGACUUCGUAGGGAAUUCUCUGAUAGACGCGGGAAAUACAAUUCAUCCCGUCCGGUGGCUACAGAAGAGCAGUUAUCAGCAGACUUCAGGAAAAAGUUGGCGGAAUGGCAGCUGAGAAAGAGUGCACACCAGAAGCAACCGCCACCAGUGCCAGCGAGGCAAGAUCUCAGUGAAGACUUUCUGAAGAAAUGGGAUCAAUGGAACAGCAUGAAAGAAACCAAUUCAGUGCCAGCUUGGGAAGAAGAAGCUAAGCCUGACGAAGUACUGGUCCAAACAUCUACAGGCCUAUUUAAGUUCCAAGGGAUCUCCCGUUCUUUCACCCGAAAACUCCAUGAAUGGGAGAAGUCCCGUGGCAUAGCACCUGAAGCUUCCACCUCAGCGUUGCUCAGAGCUGCUCGGGCUCGCAAUAAAGCUCCUCCUGCCCCUCUCACUCGCACACAAUCUGACGGCAGUGUGGCGCCAUCUGCCGCAGGGUCCGGACGUUUGCAUGCUUCCAGUUUGAGCGUCAAUGAUGCGGAUGACUUCGACUCAGAUUACGAGAGAGAACAUUCUCUCGACGGAGCUGACGAGUGUGAUGAUGGACAUAUUCGAGGAGCAGUUCUAGUCGAAGUUGAAGCUGAAGAAGUGUGCACAGCGGCUCCUCUGAUGGCUGUAUCUCCACGACACACGCCACAGAAACCAAUCUACACGUACGGACAAGCUGAAGCCAGACUGCUUUGUGAAACUAGCUCAGCUGUAACGGGUACAGCUGUGCUGCAACCUAAUAGCGCUGAAUCUCGUAGUGCAAAAGCAAAAGGGGUAACAGGCUCAAAAUCGAAGUCAUCUCGAGAUCAGGCCAAGGAUUUGGAAAAAAGUGUAAGAAAAAAUGUCGUCAGACAACCAAGCAUAGAAGAAGAUGCUUUAUUUAUUAGAAAAACUAUUGAAGAAGUAGAAAGAGGUUCGUCUUUCCAUUUUAAAAACGAAGAAAAUAUUACCGAUUCUGAAAAAUGUGAGCGGAUACGUACAUUAGCAGAUAUUGAUAAACCUUCUACUAGCAAAACAAAUGUGGGAAGCAAAGGAAGUUUGAAAGGGUCAAAACAAAGUAUUGUUAAAGAAAGAGAUAGCCUUGAAGACCUUAAAGAAGAUAAACGUAAAGAAUUAGAUAAAAGUAAUGGUAAAAAGAAAAGUAAGUCAAGAGCGAGACUGGAAAGAGAACAAUCAAAACCAUCUGAAAGUGAUACUGAACCUGAUAUAGAUACUGUAACUGUUGAAAUUCCCAGAAGAAGAAAAAAGCUGAGACGAGCUUCUGAACGACCAAAGACACCACCCACAGCCCGUUUUCACACAGACUCUGAAGAAGAGGUAUUUGUUCUGAAGUUAAAACCUCCCGAAAGACGAGAACAUUCGCCUGAAGUAAUAGUCAAAACUACUAGAAAAAUAUUUUCUCCAGUAGUAAGAAGUGGAGAAUCUGUACCUAGAGCAGUAAUACCACUAGACGUCGAGGAAUUAGCUGAUGUAAGACCAUCAGUGGACCAUAGUCAUCGUCAUAUUGAAACUAGGCAGAAGUUUGAUAACGAAAAUAGUAAGAAAGAAAAAGAAACUCGUUCCAAAAGUUCUGGUGAUCUUCGUGAUGAAGAGCAACAUCCAAGAAGCCGACCUCCUUUACCGUCGUCUCCAUCAUCUCAAAGGAAGCCACAGUCGAAGGAAACAGCUCCGUCAAUACGAAUCAUGAUUCAGAGGUACAACAAGAAAAUAAACGAAGAAGGCAACACAUCUGGUCCCAGCAGCGGGGCUUCCUCUCCAGCGUGGCGAUCGCCAGCUGCUGAGAGACGACGACCUCCCGAUAUGCCCGUUGGGGUUAAUAUUAGAAAUAACCCGUUCCUCGAGAGAGAAGUCCAGAAAUCAGCAAGUGCCUGCCAGCUCUCCAGACGGGAUCAGACGUCGGUGGAGAAACGUCUCGCCCCAACCCCCUCGCAAGUCCUUGAGGGAGUGUUGAAAUCCCAUAGUGCUAAUGCGUUACAUCCAGAAGAAAAUAAAACCAAAUCUCCAAAACUUCUACAAAGAAAAAUCGAAGCCAGUCAAGAGACAGUCAAAUUCACCGCUAGUACAGACACGAUCGUGCCUGAUCUGACCAGAAAUCUCCCAGAGAAUCAAACUCAAACGCAGACGGUACUGAGGCAAAUGUCUGAAAUCAUUGUUCCUAGUUUGUCAAGUUUCGUAGCUGAGAACCCUGGGUUUUUUGAAAGGUCCUUAUCUACAGUGGAUGCACCUUCGACUCUAAAUACUUGUACAGUAGCAAGGUUGUCGGAUAGAGCAGCAAAAAUUCGCGCAGCAAGAGAAAGGUUUCUGUCGUCAACAGUCCCAUUUCGAAGAGAAGGAACGAGCUCGGCUAACGAUUUGAGACCAGGAGACAGGUCUAGCCAAAUCAGCUGUGAGAGUGACGUGACAGAGUCCCAGAGCAGCCAAGAGCCACAGCUAGCACGCAGCGUGUCAACCGGGAUGGUCAACGUGGACCGGGACGCCUGGCAGAGAGUAGCUGAAGGAGGUCGUCGGGAAGGUCGCUCCCGCUUCAGCCUCGCCAGACUGGCUGCUAAACUACCAGGAAAAUUGAAGAAGAAAGACGAAGGAGCAGUGUCACGGUUGUGCAGACAGAGCCUACUAGUGCAGCUGAGGAACAAACAAUAGAAUAAGCAAUAAACGAAUUAUUUAUUUGGA